AUCUUUAUCUCCAUAUCUGUGUUAAGAGAGUUUUGCUGCCUUUGAGUCUAAGUCAUGAGUUGGAUGUUCCUCAGAGACCUCCUAAGUGGAGUAAAUAAAUACUCAACUGGGAUUGGGCGAAUUUGGCUGGCUGUCGUGUUCAUCUUCCGUUUGCUGGUCUACAUGGUGGCAGCAGAACAUGUGUGGAAAGAUGAGCAGAAAGAGUUUGAGUGCAACAUUAGACAGCCUGGUUGUGAAAAUGUGUGUUUUGACUACUUUUUCCCCAUCUCUCAGGUCAGACUUUGGGCCUUACAGCUGAUCAUGGUCUCCACACCUUCACUUCUGGUGGUCCUACACGUAGCCUAUCGCGAGGGUAGAGAGAAAAGGCACAGAAAGAAACUCUAUGUCAGCCCAGGUACAAUGGAUGGGGGCCUGUGGUACACUUACCUUAUCAGCCUCAUUGUUAAAACCGGUUUUGAAAUGGGUUUCCUAGUUUUAUUUUACAAGAUGUAUGAUGGCUUUAGUGUUCCCUACCUUGUGAAGUGUGAUUUGAAGCCUUGCCCCAACACUGUGGACUGCUUCAUCUCCAAACCCACUGAGAAAACCAUCUUCAUCCUCUUCUUGGUCAUUACCUCAUGCCUGUGCAUUGUGUUAAAUGUCAUUGAAUUGAACUUUUUGGUUCUCAAGUGCUUUAUAAAGUGCUGUCCCCAACAAUACUCUAAAAAACUCAAGUCUUCAGUGUAUGAGUGCCACAAUCUCCGAUACAUUGAAUGUGGUGAGACAGGGGCCCCUCCUCUACUCCAGAAGCACAAUUCAGAUUUGAUUAAAAGCACACACCAGCAACCUGAAGCAAAGCUACUUUAUGACACACGAGAGGGCUAAACAAAGAAAACCAAGAUCCCUCCAAGGAAGACCUAGCUGGGCUGGAAAACUAAUUAUUUGGGUAGAAUUAAAAAACUGCAAUAUACUCUCAGUUGUGAACACUAGACAGAAGUCUUAUUGUUUCACUGUAGGUUUAUCCAUUAUGUGUAUAUAUAAGUUGUUUUUGAAUAGUUGAUGGUAAAGUAGCCUAAAGAAAUACAACCAACAUCAUUCUUUUAAGUGCUUAGAUGUCUCAACUGGAAAAUAUAAAAAGUGAUAUGUCUGACAAAUGUAACAGCCUCUAAACUGCAGUGAAGAUACUGGCAAUCUUUCCAAAGUGGACGUCAGGGCUCCCACUCACUCAUUCCUACUCACUCUUUGUGGAAAAAAUUAUGGGGCAGGGUGGAUAGCAGCUAAUCAAGGGCACAUCCAAAGAGCAGGCCCAGUCUGGGGAAAGGGCCACAGAGCUGGGUACUCUUGGGAGUUUAGUUAACCCAGGCUAUGAGUGAAAUAGAGGAGAGGGAAAAAAGGCAUCAUUUUAGAAAUGUCCAUGUACAGAUAUUACUGGGAGAUAUCCCAUUUAAGCCUGAACCGGCAGACAUCUAACGGUUUCUCUAGAGUCAUGAGGGGAGGCAGGACCCAAAGAAAGAAAUAUGUUGGUAGGAGAGGAGACCCCAGAAAAAUAAUUUGCCCACUUGAUAAUUACUUUAAACUUCUCUCUAGCCAUAAGUAGCCAUAAGAAAAUUGAAAUAACUUUGUAAUUUCCAGAUUGCUGGGCCUUUUUAUGAUCAGGAAUUCACAAUGUACUAAACAAUAUGUCACAGUUUGCCUACAAUUUCCUAGUACAUCUCUCUCCAGGGAAGAUAUUAAUACAUGCACUAAGCUGUUACACUGGUGCAGAAAAAUGUAGAAUGAAAGUUAUGUUUCUUAUCACUUGUAUGGAAAACUAUAGCUUUCUUUUACUUUUAGAUUUAAAAAAAAUGUACAGGUAUAUUCUCUUUGGGUUUAAUGCUCUAAUACAGAUACAUUUCUCCAGAAUAAAAAUGAAGUGAUUUUGCAGUGCUAUGUGGUUAUCAUUGAUAUCUUUACUUGGCAUCACUGUGUAUGAUUAUUUUGUGAAACAAAACUUGUUCCCACAAUUUCAGAAUGGGAUUUGCAACACUACUUGGCAAAGAUAACUCAGAACUCAUUCUUUUCCACAGGGAAUUUCUCAAUGAAAAGUCAGUGCAUAAAAAUGUAAUUUAAACUAAAAACUCAAUUAUGUCAUGUCUUCCAUGUCCCAUGCUCUUUAUAAUAAAAUGUCUCAUUACAA